AUGGGCAUGAAUAGUUGUUUGUCGCUUUGUGCUCUGCUAUGGGCUGGCAAACAAUUCAGCGUGUACCUCACAUUCUGCCCACAAUCAGCCAAGAUUGGCUCGAACACCCCCAGUACCCCAGGUGAAAGAGGAGUGGACUCAAAAGUGAACGGUGGACCAGGUCCUCCUGGGGAAAAUGGAAAAGACGGGGCCCCUGGAGCUUCCGGGCUUCCGGGAGCAGAUGGACCUGUGGGACCACCUGGAGAUCGCGGUUCAGCAGGUGUAAAAGGACCAAAAGGCGAUCCUGGACCACCAGGCCCGGCAGGUGAGCCUGGUGUGGGACCAGACGGCUUGGAUGGAAUCCCAGGGACUGAUGGACUCCCAGGAGAAAUGGGAAAAAUGGGCCCCCCUGGAGUCAGAGGCAAGAGGGGUCAAGUGGGUGCGAGUGGACCCGCGGGACCUCGGGGUCCACCGGGAGUUUAUCAAGGACAAGAACUGUGCCCUAGCGCUUGUCCAGCUGGACUGUCAGGACACGCCGGAUUGCCUGGCAUGAAAGGUCACAAAGGUGUGAAGGGUGAGUCCGGAGAGCCCGGUCGACAAGGGCACAAGGGUGAAGAGGGGGAACAAGGACCACAGGGAGAAGUUGGAUCGCAAGGACUUCCAGGCCCAGGCGGAAGCAAGGGCCUGGCAGGAAUAAUGGGCUCCAAAGGCGAAAGGGGACCCCGAGGAAAGCCCGGCGACUUGGGACCACAGGGCCGCCAAGGAGCGCCGGGGGAUAUCGGCCAAAGAGGAGCCAUCGGGGAGACUGGACCUAGCGGGUUGCAGGGGGAUCAAGGUCCUUCUGGGAUCAGAGGACCACCAGGACCAAAGGGAGAAGCUGGCCUUCCUGGUCCGGAUGGUAGGGAGGGAAUACCUGGGCUUCCUGGCUCCAAGGGCCUUCCUGGCAAAAACGGGGCACCGGGCGACGCUGGACUACAAGGUCUUCCCGGGGUCCCAGGUUCUUUCGGCCAAAAAGGAGUCAGCGGUCCCAAGGGAGUCACGGGUGAUCCUGGUGUCGCGGGACUGAUGGGGUCUCCGGGAAAACAAGGCGAACGUGGUGACCAGGGUGAGGUGGGACCCGUUGGACCUCGAGGAGGACCUGGUGAACGAGGAGAACGAGGGCCUGGGGGACCAAUGGGGGCACCUGGAGGACGGGGUAUCAAAGGUGACGUGGGUCUUCCUGGACUCCCAGGACCGGCAGGUUAUCGAGGCCAGAAGGGCGACAGGGGUGCGGUGGGUCUGGAUGGUCCGAAGGGAGAGCAGGGACCUCCAGGUGCCGAAGGAUCGCCAGGGUAUCGAGGAGAUCUGGGCGAUCAAGGAGAGCCAGGCGAGAAAGGAGCGAUGGGCCCGCCGGGAGAGACUGGAAACAAAGGACCGGAAGGUGGCAGAGGACAGCAGGGCAAGGAGGGCGAACCGGGCCAAGCGGGACCGCGAGGCAUGCAGGGUGACAUGGGCAUGCCGGGGCUGCCCGGCCCUCAGGGAUCCCGGGGCAAGUCACCAACAGACACGCACAUCAAACAAGUCUGCAUGAGAGUCAUGCAAGAGCAGCUGGCCCAGCUGGCGGCUAGUCUGAGUCGACCUGAGUCGGGAGUCGCAGGAAUCCCUGGCCCCCCAGGCCCGCCCGGACCCCCGGGCCCAAGUGGUGAAAACGGUUUUCCCGGUCACACCGGAUCCCGAGGGUUGCCCGGUCUCAAGGGUCCACCUGGACUACUUGGCCGCAAAGGACCCAAAGGUGACCAAGGUGACAGAGGGGACAGAGGCCCCACAGCCCGAGGCCUCAAAGGACUCCCGGGCGCUCCUGGUCUGCCAGGCCAGCCUGGCCGGUCGGCGUUUGGCAGCGACGGGCACGAUGGCUCCCGAGGGCCUCGUGGGGCUCCUGGAAUUCCCGGUGUCCCCGGCCCACCGGGACCCCCGGGACUCGCUGGAUACUGUGAGCCGUCACAGUGCGUACUUGCUGCCGUGGUGGCGCCGGUAGUAGGGGCCAAAGACUCUGCCAUGAAGGGUCCCACCGACAUGUGA